AUGAAACAAAUUGCAAAGUCUAAGCCGACCUCAGAAUACGUGGUCGAUGGGGCGCACUUUCCACAAGUCCCUUUUGAUAUCGGCGAAAGUUACGCGGGCCUCUUGUCCAAUGCUCCCCACGGGGAGUCCAGCCUAUUCUUCUGGUUCUUCCCUUCUACAAAUCCAGAUGCGAAAAAAGAGAUAACGAUCUGGCUUAAUGGAGGCCCUGGCUGUAGCUCUCUGGAUGGCUUACUACAAGAGAAUGGACCGUUCCUCUGGCAGUCGGGGACAUACAAGCCGGUCCGAAACCCCUACUCAUGGUCCAACCUGACCAACAUAGUCUACGUCGACCAGCCAGCUGGUACUGGACUAUCACCUGGACCGGCUACCGUUCAGAACGAGAUCGACGUGUCAAACCAAUUCAAUGAUUUCUGGAAGAGAUUCAUUCAAACUUUUAGUAUGCAAGGAUACAAAGUUUACAUCACGGGUGAAAGCUAUGCCGGGCAAUAUAUCCCGUAUCUAGCCUCCGGGAUGCUGGACCAGAAUGAUAAGACUCAUUUUAACCUCAAGGGCAUACAAAUCAAUGAUCCGUCCAUAAACGAAGAUAAUGUCUUGAUAUACGCUCCUGCCGUCCCUGCUCUGAACUACUUCUCCACCGUCUUCUCACUGAACAAUACUUUCAUGACGGAAAUCAACAAGCGAGCAGAUGAGUGUGGCUACAACCAGUUCCUGGACAAAGCGUUGACCUUCCCCCCGCCUAGGGAUUUCCCGACCGCACCGGAUCCCAGUCAACAUGGAUGCGAUGUUUGGGACCAGAUCAUCAAAGCCGCUACCUACAUUAACCCGUGCUUCAACAUUUAUCACCUUACAGACUUUUGUCCGUUCUUGUGGGACGAAAUGGGUUUCCCGUCUCUAGCUGGCGGCCCUAAUGACUACUUCAACCAGUCUGCUGUCCAGAAAGCCUUACACGUUCCCCCUACCAACUAUGCUGUCUGUGGUGGAAAUAUUUUCCCCAAUGGUGAUGGAUCAGUGCCUAGUGCUCUCGGCCCACUUCCCAGUGUGAUUGAGCGCACUAAUAAUGUCCUCAUUGGUCAUGGUUGGUAUGAUUAUCUACUGUUUAUGAAUGGAACCCUGGCGACUAUCCAGAACAUGACGUGGAAUGGACACCAGGGGUUCCAGAAGCCUCCGGUUGAGCCAUUGCUGGUCCCAUACACAGCUGCCUUGAACGCAAUCGCAAAUGGCAACGGACAGACCCCUUUCACUGCUGACGCAGGGGCCGGAAUCCUGGGGACAGCUCAUACCGAACGUGGAUUAACGUUCAGUACCGUAUAUGGAUCUGGACACGAAAUUCCCCAAUACGCCCCCGGUGCUGCUUACAGGCAACUUGAGUUCUUACUUGGCCGGAUCAAAAGUCUACAGGACCCGGGUCCCUUUACAACCAAGUGA